GGGCAGUACAAUCAACCGGAUGUCAUUUCUGUAAGCAUGCGUACAGUUACAGUACACUGUUACAUCCUUUCUAAAUUGCAAUCAUGGCCGAUCAGACUGAAAGAUCAUUUCAAAAGCAGCCAACGGUAUUCUUAAACAGGAAAGAAGUGCUUAAAACUACUAAAAAGCAGAAGAAAUCUUUGAGAUAUGUACGAAAUGUUGGACUUGGUUUCAAAACCCCAAAAGAGGCCAUUGAGGGAACUUACAUUGACAAAAAGUGUCCAUUCACUGGUAAUGUUAGUAUUCGUGGGCGCAUCCUUACUGGCACUGUUCUUAAAAUGAAAAUGACAAGAACAAUUGUUGUAAGAAGGGAUUAUCUCCACUAUGUAAAGAAAUACAAUAGAUUCGAAAAAAGACAUAAAAAUAUGUCAGUGCAUAUGAGUCCUUGUUUUAGGGAUGUGCAAAUUGGAGAUGUUGUGACUAUGGGUGAAUGUAGACCACUGAGCAAGACAGUACGAUUCAAUGUAUUGAAAGUCUCAAAAGGUUCAUCUGGCAAGAAAUCAUUCUCUAAAUUCUAAUGUAUGAGUUACAUCAAUAAAUUUGUGAACCCUUGACAA